UUAUUCAUCAUCUAAUGUUAAUAAAUGACACUUUAUUGUAUAGUGUUACCUAAAUAAUACACGCAAAACAGAAAUGUGGUUAUGGAAUAGGAUAGGAUAAGCUAUAAAUUGUACAUAAACCUUCAAAAUAAAAAUGUUUUGCAUACAAGCUUUAUAAUGGAAGCGGAUGGGGACUAUCCUGGUUACAGGUCUUAUAGGUAGUCCAUCUGUUCAGCUAAAUAGUUUUAGUGUUUCAUGUAAGAAGCCAUACAACAUGAAAACGUCGUGAGUGUUAACACACGACAAGAUUGUCGUUUUCGGGGGCGAGCUGUUCCUUUAAGAGCUUCAGUCUUUCUGAACGCCGGUCUUCGGGGUGCUCCCGUGCUGGUGGAAGGUUACCGCGACGCGACGCGACGCGACGCGCGGAUCACGCGACGCUUGUUGUAGCAACGCGGGUUUCCAAGGGAGGAGAUGCGGAGACCCUCGGAGCAGAUCUGACUCGACUUGAGCGUGUGCUUAGUGCAAGUCUCUCCAUGGCAGAAGAAGAUCGUUCCCCGGUCAGCGAGCUCUCCUUCAGCCUGCAGAGCCUCCGGUGUCAGGACAGCCUGUGCCUGAGGAGCUCACCCCCCUGGAGAAAGCUUGUUUUGAUGCCUGAAUGCAUCAGUCCCCCGCUCAACACCCUCUCCAGGGAGAGAGAGACGCCGACAGUCUCUGGAGUAAGAAGGCGACGAGCAAGCAGAAGCCUGUCUCCUGAAUCCUAUUCAGACACGCCCAGGUGUCUGUGGAGGAACUGUCGUGAUUCUGCAACCAAUAAGGAGAACGAGCGAGCGAUAAAGAGGCUGCGCGUGCGUCUCUCCAGCAGGUUCUCCGACGAAGCAGAACCGGGCCGGGCGGGGAGAUGGUGCCGCAGCGACCCGGAGGAGGACGCCGGCGUCCCGCGAGAGACGAGCGCCGUCCACCCAGUGGCCGCCGCGAGGUUCGGUCAGCUGAGGGCGCGGAGGAAAGCCCCGCCCACGCACGUGACCCAGGACGCCGUCGCUGACCUCUCGCUCAUUGGAGACUUCAGCAAGCAACACCUGCUUCCUGUCGAGAGCGGCGGUCAUCAGGAGCUGCACUGUGUCAGCGCUCACACCGUGGCGUCACUGAUCAGGGGUCAGUUUGGUGCUGCGGUCGAGGAUUUCCUCAUCGUUGACUGCCGUUACCCGUACGAGUACCAAGGAGGACACAUCAAGGGAGCCCUGAAUCUGUACACCGAGUCUCAGAUGCAGCAGGCGGUGCGUCAGGCCUCGGCAGGAGCCCAGCUCUCGCCCGGAAGCGACCCGUCCCCGAGGACGAGGACGAGGGGACGUCCGUCCGACUCACCCCCAGGGGAGGAGGGGUCGUCGCCACGGAAACUGAUCAUCUUCCACUGCGAGUUCUCCUCGGAAAGAGGCCCACAUCUGUGUCAGUAUCUGAGGAGGCUGGACAGACAGGUCAACGUGUAUCCCAGCCUGCACUAUCCGGAGCUCUACCUGCUGCUGGGGGGUUACAAACUCUUCCAUGCCUCUUACCCGGAUCUGUGUGAUCCCCGUGGUUACGUGCCCAUGCGUCACCGCCAGUACCGGGACCAGCUGCACGGAUACCGCAGGACACGGCCGACGCGGCAGAGAAGACGACGGCCAAUCAGAGCACACCAGAGGACCACACGCUAAAUACUACAUGCUAAAUGUGUGUGUGUGUGUGUAUAUAUAUAUAUAUGGUAUAUGUAGUAAACCUAAGUUUAUUCAGACACCUUUUGAAGCUAUAAAAAUGAUAAUACAAUAUGAGAAGAACGCGUAGUUAAAGCGUGUCAGGUAAUGUUGAUAGAAAGGUGUAUGUAAUGAGUUUGGUUGAAUGAUCAGCUGAUGGGUGCACAACAGAUAAUAACAGUUGCCAAGCAAUGCUUAACUCUGUUCGGUCUGUGGUGUGAAAAGGUCACAUCCUCAGUUAAAGAAAAACACUUAAGCGAAGCACGGUCAGCUCAAAGUGUCUGAAUCAUUUUUGGUCUCAGUUUUUGUAUCAGUUUUACUGGUAGUCCACACUAUGAAGAGAUUUUGGUUAUAAUAUCACAGUCACAGUUUACUUAUUAGUGCAAACAUACACAAAAUGGUGUCUGAAUAAAUUUGUAUGUGUGUGUGUGUGUGUGUGU